GGCGGGGCUAAGCAGAACCCUCAGGAUCGACAGUGAGAGGCCAUCACCGUUCUGCCCGCGGCCGGGGGACAGAGAAGGGGGCGUGGCCUCUGCCAGACAAGGAAGAGAGCGGUAGGCGUGGCUUUUCUGAACCGGAAGUGCCGUGCUGCCUCUCUCCAGCUGGUUGUCAUUUCGAUCGGAGGCUUGGUCCUGUAGAGACGACGGCUGCGGUGGCGGCUGAGGCGUCCGGGCCGGAGUGGCGAACCGGCGGAUUGACAGGAGUGCCCAGCGCCCCACGAUUUGAUAGGAGCCCCCCCUCCUCCGCCUCCCGCCCGAUCAACGAUUGUUUUACAUGAGGGGCAAAGAACGACGCCGGGAGGAGCCAAGGCGGAGGAGAAGCAGCCCCAGCAGCAGCAGCCCCGGAGCAUCGGCAGCGGGAGGAAAAGCAGGACCCCUGGGAGCCGCUACCGCCACCAUCUCCGCCUCCUUCUCCUCCUCAAGAGCCAGCAGGCUUGAUACCGCCCCUCCCUGCUCUUUCGCCACUCAGCGAUCCUCGUGACCCUCCUCCCUUGAGAAACCGGCUCCCAUGGGGGAGAGAGGAGCCCGGCUCCCUGCCAGCGCCGUCCCCUCCCCGACGGAGACUGCUUCCCUCCUGAGGCAGCCAGGAUUCAUCUGAAGGACACGCAAAUAUCGGAUCAUAAUAGGAGGCGAGCUUGGAAAAGCAGGAACCACCCAACCGGCAGCAGCAGCAAGAAUCCACCCUUCUCUGCACAACUCACUCUAUACACAUACGCGCAACGCGCACUGAAUGCCGAUGUCUAGAGAUUAAAAAAGGGGGAAAAAAAUCCUCCCCCCUCCCCCCUUCAUGUAGAAAGGCCUUGUUAGAAGGGCAUCCGCAUAGAGCAUAUUAUUCAUAGAGUCCAACAAGGCAAAGGCAGUAGCAGCACAGAUUGGGGUGGGGGGAAGCUCUCCUGUAAAACCUGCACCCCAUUGAAAUCCUGAGGUAAAAUCUUUACAUUUUCAACAGCAAAGACUGUUAGAAUAGAACACAGAUAUAUAUUAGAUUAUAUAGAAUUUAUUAAAUUAUUCCAGAUUUAAAUAUAUUUUUGGAGCUGUGAAAGAGUGAGGAGUGCCAGAUGUCAUGGUAUCUUUUUUUGCAUUAAAGUGUACGUAGGCAGGUUGAAGCGGUUGAUAAGGCAAGAAGUUUUUUUUAAAAAAAUAUCUCUUUUUUGUUUUGUUUCCAGGAGCUUUCUUUCAUCCCCACUUCAUUCUUGUGCAUUUCCUUUUAGGAAAAGGAAACCUCUUAUUUUGUUAACCAAAGAUUUACUUUCUAUUCCUUCUGGCUAUCGGAAGGAAGUUAACACCAAUUGACCCAUGUCAAUAUUUUAAGUGAUCUCACUUAGAAGAAUCCAGGAAUAAUAUCCAAAUCAGAUAUCUCAAGUGGGUAGGUGGAAAAGAAAGGGGUGGAAGAUCUCUGAUAAAAGAUAUUUUUCUAUUCUCUUGCUUUAGUAGAGGAAGAAAAAUAUUUUAAGGUUUGUUUGUUUUUUCUUUCCAGGCGGAAUUCAAAUCCUAAAUAAAAUAAAUGGGGGAUUACGGGUUUGGCGUGUUAGUGCAAAACAACACUGGGAAUAAGUCAGCUUUUCCAGUCAGAUUUCAUCCACAUCUGCAGCCUCCACACCACCAUCAAAAUGCAACCCCCAGCCCUGCUGCUUUUAUAAAUAACACAGCUGCCAAUGGCAGUAGUGCUGGGUCAGCUUGGCUCUUUCCUGCUCCAGCUGCCCAUAACAUUCAGGAUGAGAUUCUGGGGUCAGAAAAAUCUAAAACUCAGCAACAGGAAAAACAAGACUCCCUAGAAAAACAGCAGCUUUCCCCUAGUCAAAGUCAGGAAGCAGGCAUGCUGCCUGAAUCCGAGAAAGCUAAAUCUGAAGAAAACCAGGGGGAUAAUUCUUCUGAGAAUGGCAAUGGGAAGGAGAAAAUAAGAAUAGAAUCUCCAGUGUUAACAGGAUUUGAUUAUCAAGAGGCUACAGGGCUAGGUACGUCAAACCAGCCCUUGACAUCUACUGCAUCUUCUCUGACUGGUUUCAGUAACUGGUCAGCAGCUAUAGCUCCUUCUUCGUCAACAAUAAUCAAUGAAGAUGCGAGUUUCUUCCACCAGGGAGGAGUCCCUCCUGCUUCGGCUAAUAAUGGUGCUCUGCUGUUUCAGAAUUUUCCACAUCAUGUCAGUCCUGGUUUUGGGGGUAGUUUUUCCCCUCAGAUUGGACCCCUCUCCCAGCACCACCCUCAUCACCCCCAUUUUCAGCAUCAUCACAAUCAGCAUCAACAACAGAGGAGGUCUCCUGCAAGCCCUCAUCCACCUCCAUUUACACAUAGAAAUGCUGCUUUUAAUCAACUGCCUCAUCUUGCUAAUAAUCUUAACAAACCACCUUCUCCAUGGAGUAGCUACCAAAGCCCAUCACCUACACCAUCUUCUUCAUGGAGUCCCGGUGGCGGUGGUGGAUAUGGUGGGUGGGGUGGGUCCCAAGGGCGAGACCACCGCAGGGGACUGAAUGGAGGAAUACCACCCCUGAACUCCAUCUCGCCCCUGAAGAAGAAUUUCCCAAGUAAUCAUAUCCAGUUGCAGAAGUAUGCACGGCCCAGCUCUGCGUUUGCUCCAAAGUCUUGGAUGGAAGACAGUUUGAACAGAGCUGACAAUAUCUUUCCUUUUCAGGAUCGCACGAGAACCUUUGACAUGCAUUCACUGGAGAACUCGCUAAUUGACAUAAUGAGAGCUGAAAGUGAUUCACUGAAAGGUCAGUCCUCACUGUUCCCAAUGGAAGAUGGGUUUCUGGAUGAUGGACGUGGGGAUCAGACUCUCCAUAGUGGCUUGGGAUCGCCACACUGCUUCUCCCACCAGAAUGGCGAGCGCGUGGAACGGUACUCCCGCAAGGUGUUUGUAGGUGGUUUGCCACCCGAUAUUGACGAAGAUGAGAUCACAGCUAGCUUUCGUCGCUUUGGUCCAUUGAUUGUGGAUUGGCCGCACAAGGCUGAAAGCAAGUCCUAUUUUCCUCCCAAAGGAUAUGCAUUUUUGCUGUUUCAAGAUGAAAGCUCUGUACAGGCUUUGAUUGAUGCAUGUAUUGAAGAGGAUGGAAAACUCUACCUGUGUGUUUCCAGUCCCACAAUUAAAGACAAACCGGUUCAGAUCCGGCCUUGGAAUCUUAGUGAUAGUGACUUUGUGAUGGAUGGCUCACAGCCUCUGGAUCCACGGAAAACCAUUUUUGUCGGAGGAGUUCCACGGCCCCUACGAGCAGUGGAGCUUGCAAUGAUCAUGGACCGGCUGUACGGAGGAGUUUGCUAUGCUGGAAUUGACACAGACCCUGAGCUGAAGUACCCAAAAGGAGCUGGGCGUGUUGCAUUUUCUAAUCAACAGAGUUAUAUAGCUGCUAUCAGUGCCCGCUUUGUUCAGCUGCAACAUGGAGAGAUAGAUAAACGGGUGGAAGUUAAGCCAUAUGUCUUGGAUGAUCAGCUGUGUGAUGAAUGUCAGGGGGCCCGUUGUGGUGGAAAGUUUGCUCCAUUUUUCUGUGCUAACGUUACCUGUCUGCAGUAUUACUGUGAAUAUUGCUGGGCUGCUAUCCAUUCGCGCGCUGGCAGGGAAUUCCACAAGCCCCUGGUGAAAGAGGGAGGAGAUCGCCCGAGACAUAUUUCAUUCCGCUGGAACUAAGUGAAGACUGCAGCGUGUUCAUAUGCAGGCCUCAAAAUAAGUGCACUCUUCUGUUAUCCUGAUUCCCUUGCCCUCCCUUCCUCUUUUCUCUCUUAUUCAAGAUAGCAUGUCCUACUGUUGUAGUCUGUAACUUAACAAUAGUGUAACAAAAGAAUGACCUAUAACCAUAUAGGUAUUUUGUAGAAUCUUGUCAUUAAACUGUAUUGGGAACUCCUUUUCAUAUGGAUAACACAGUGCAUGGAAGCCAGGUUCUCUUAUCUUUAGUUAUCCAGAGGACACUGCUUUCCUGCUAUCUUUUCUUGAAGGAAGAGAGAACAAUAUUAAGAGAAGAGAAAUGAAAUGACAGAGUAUUUUGUUUUUUAAAUUAAAUUAUUGCUAAUAACAAAAUCAAUAGAAUACUUUUAUUAAAGUAACCAUGAGAUAGGAACACUAUGAAUCUAUUCUGACACUUUGCCCAAACUGCCCUUCCCUCACUGACUCCCCUUCCCUGCCCAAACCUCUGGGAAGCCUGUUUUCUUGCCGCCUAUGAUUUUAUAGCAAUGGAAACAGUUAGCCGUUAACCUAGUAACAGGAAAGAGCAUGUUUAAAGCAACAAAAAUGCAUGAGCAAGGUUUAAAGCAGCAUUAAGUUAAUUUUUUAUUUAAGGGUUCCGAAGCGAAAUUUUUUAGCACAGUCUGUGUGUCUCACCGUGCCUCCGACUUCCCACCACAUUCAAACUUUUACUAAUUGAGUAGGCAGAGCUUAAAUCUGUGUUCUUCAUCCAAGCAAUCACAUUUUAAAAGUUCCCGAAUGUAAAUCCUGGGUCAAUUUACUUCUGGGGGGUGGGUGGGGAGUGCACUUAUUCUUUGUUGUUGUUCUUGUUGUUGUUGUUUUUAAAGAAGAAACUUCAUUAUCAGAAUACAGCCCUAGAAAUCCUACCAAAGCUAAAGUAAUGACAACUAGUGAACUGGCAUGUCCUCUCCUGAAGAACAAAUGUAUAGAUUUUAUUUUUGAUGGUUAUAUAGAACUCUAUAUCCUAAUGUACUAAUGUUAAUCAGGGGCCAGCUUUUGCUCUCCAUUUUGACAUGAAAUACAAGAACCUAAAGAUAUACCUCAAGAUUAUCAUUUUGAUUCCCCCCUCUAAAACACUAGUAAUCCACUCUUAAAACACAAAUCAAAAUUUGGCUGCUUAUUGGGCUUACUCUGGAAUGCGAAAUGAGUUUUAAUCUGCUAAUGAAGCUGUAUCAUAGAAAGCGUAAGAGGGCAACGUGAAGUUUGUUUCCAGGGAUGUUUUGCACUGUUGGCUGAAUGAAUUGGUCUGCAUAUCCGCAAAGAAGAACAUGUGUGUCUUUCAGCAGAGAACAAGUGAGUAUAGGGACUCUUAACAAAGAAUUGGUUUUGGAAUUUAGCAAAGAAAAUUAAGAAUUACAGGGCAUUAAAGUACCCAGUUGCUGAGUCAUGCAUAGGGUGCUUUAAACUAUAAGUGGGGACACAGUACAGGUUAAAGGUGAGGCACAGGGGUGGGGUUGGUUGGCUUGAAAUAGUCACUUGAUGCUCUGUAAAUCUGAGGAAAUGAAGAGGAGUGAAUGUGUUCAGCUCUUAAUGAAUGCCUUUGUAGCACUGUGCAAAACAACCCACUCCAUUGGCAAUCUGAACUGGCAUGGUACCACCAUAGACUCUUAAACCAAAGACUUGCCUUAGCACAGCUACAGAAAAGCAACUCUUCGGUAAGCCCUCUCCCUCCCCAUUCCUUUCCUCUCAAUUAUCUUUGAGGAGCAGUUUUGAUUUCCAAUACAUAAAACAUACCUUGUUAUUUUCCAAAGGUCAAAAUGGAGACAUUUGCUGUCUACUCGUCAAGUAGAGAAAGGGAGCUGCUUUUAAUGAAAUCCCUGCAAAUAUUGACAACAGUAAAUGCAAAUGGAGAGUGCUCUUUUGUAGACUGUCAGGGACCUUUUUCUCUGAAGUACAUAAUUAUAGUUGGAAUAUUCCUUUUAAUUUUUUAAAAUGCUUGUAGGUGGCUUGGGGUGUCUUAUUGUGCCGAUCCUACCCAGUGAACAGGUGAGAUGGGUUACCAUUACAAGAAAUAACACUGUUUGAGAAGUAGCUUUGAAUAAUAAUUUUUUCCCUUUGUACAUGACCUGCUGAAUUUCGGUACAGUGUUUUUGUAGCUAACUUAUUUUGUCAUGCACAUAAUGUAUAUUUGUUAUGCACUACUUUUGUAUAUCUUGUUUUUCCAACAGUGAGCAUUUUUAGGCACACUUUUCACUGACGGGAUAUCUCUUUAUGCAAUACCUCAAUUUUUCAUAUUGCAAAGAGUAGCUUUUUGUACUUUUAUUACUGAGAGAUCUUCAUAUACUUCAUUUUUUAAUAUAAAUAAUUUUAAUAAAUUUUAUUUUCUUAUAUUCUGCUUUUUAUACAUUUCAGUGCUCUGCAUACAUUUUGAAUUAUGGAUGUUGUGCACUGGCAAUGCUAUUUUAGAAUUUGCAGAGAAAAGAAAGCAUGUUGCUUAAACAUCUUUAGCCCAGCACCAGGUAUUUGGUGUACAUAUAAUUUAAGAAAUACUUAUAUGUAAAGUUGAGACUUAAAAAGAAAUUUUUAAAAAGCAUGAAAGUGACAAAUGAGAGAGUUUGUCUUUAGACCCUUGAAAAUUUAAUGCAUAAGCAUAGAGUAGAAGUUUAAAAGUAACAUCCCAAAUUGUCUACCGCUUCUUAAUAGGUUUUUAAAAGUAAUACACAAAUGCAGAUGUUUUUUGGUGAAUGUUUAGCCAUUUUUAAUCUUAACAAAUUGAUGUUAGGUGUUUGCAGAGAUGUGUCUGCUCUUUUAAAUCAUAUUUAAAGAAAUAAACCCAAGCCUGCCCAGUGGUGGGCAUGUAAUGUUAGUAUGCAUGACUAAUAUUAAAGAAAAUGUUAUUCUACUAAUAUUCACUUGUGGUGAUUGUGUGAAAAGCGUGUUUACAAAUUAUUUGGUUACACUUCAAUUUACAGGGCAUAAAUGAUUAUCUAUAUUACUCUGUACUCGAAAUAGUGUUAAUAUAAUAUGUCCUUCUGAUUACAUGGGAGGUGGAGUUGCUAUGUCACUCCAAGCAUAACUAACAUGUAAUUAGUUUAAAAAUCUUAGGGUAUCACUUUAUUUUAAAGGGGUGUAAACAAGCAUGUAAUUUUCUCUCACAAGCAUGGCACUGGCCAUGUACUUACAAUGUAGUUACAGAGUAAUUACAUGGUUAUUUUUGCAAUGUAAAAUAAAGUGUUUCUGAUUAUUUUAUAUGUAAAGGAACCCCCACUGCCCCGUGCUUUUUUGGUAUAUAGUAUCUACUUCUCCAUACACAGACCUCUGCAGAAAGCAAAUCUAAAACUUGCAGUGAAUGACUUUAGUGUUUUAUAAGGAUGCUGUUGGAAAGACUUGAUAAUUCACCCCUUUUUGUUUCUUGAAGAGUUAAAGCCUUCUGUUUUAAAAGGUGAUUUAAAACUUGAAUGUGAUGAAUUGUGGCAAGUUAACUUCAAGUUAUGUGCAAUACUUAUUUCAGACUUCUGGAAGAUCUUUGCAGUGUAAUUCUUUGUUUUUAAUUGCAGACAUUUAAAAAUGUCAUUUUCUACUGUUCUAGUAAAUCCUCUUUCUUGCUGGUGUUUCUAAAGAAAAGAAUCAGAAAUCAAUCUUUCUACUAAUGUAAAUUUGAGAUUAUUUUUUAAAAAAAGGAAUAAAAGAGGUUUUGGUCAUUUGCUUUAUUUUAUUAUCUUAUUUUAAAGCUACUGUGAUUGAUAGCAUUGUAAGAAUUGGGACAAUAUUGUAUUCAACUGUUUUAUUUUUUAUAUUUUUAAAUUUUAAAGUAUAAUUAGUUUUUAUAAUUUUCAUCAGAUUCUUUUGUUAUAUUUUUUGGAAGUGAAACUUUUAGCAAGUGGGUGUCUAGUUUUUACUAAUCCCUAAUAUGUUUUCCCCCAAUGUAAUGCUCAUAUUAUCAGAAGGAAAAGUUAUUUAAGUAUGUCAGUUACUUGUACUACUUGGCUGAAUUUCCAUAUAGUUUUUACUGUGUAUGGGGAGGUUGUAGUAUUUAUUAUAGCAUUUUAAAUAAGGGUAAUUCAUUUUUUAUUAAAGUCAUUUUCACAAUUUAAGUUCAUAUUUUUGUAUGUUCUACUCUAAGUUAUAACACAAGUUUCUUUUUUAAGAGAGUUCAUUUGUUGAAGUGCUAGUGGAAAAUUAAUGUUAUUAAAUAGUUUGCAAAUGACUAUUUAUACCAGUAUGCAUAUAAUUUUUAAAUAUUUGUAAUGUGAGAUGUUGAAUGAAUAAAACUUUUAACUCAA